AUGUCUACCACUUUUGGAGCUUUCAUCGCUGGUGGGAUUGCUGCAUGCGGCGCUGUGACAGUUACCCAUCCAUUCGAAACUGUCAAGAUUCGGUUACAACUACAGGGGGAAUUGCAAGCCAAGGAUGUCGCUGUGCGGAAGUACAAAGGUGUGCUCCAUGGAGUCAGCGUGAUCGCACAAAACGAAGGACCGAGAGGACUAUUUCGUGGCAUUGGUUCAGCUUACGUCUAUCAAAUCCUUCUCAAUGGGUGUCGAUUGGGUUUCUACGAACCUCUAAGGAAAAUUGUUACACAGGCCAUAUUCAAGGACCACAACGUGCAAUCGCUUGGAGUCAAUAUCUUUUCUGGCGCAGCAUCUGGUGUUCUUGGAGCAAUGGCUGGAUCGCCGUUCUUCCUCGUCAAAACUCGUUUGCAAUCCUUUUCACCCUUUUUGCCAGUCGGCACACAGCACAAAUACAAAGAUUCGAUCGACGGGUUGAGACAAAUCUAUGGAGGCGAGGGCGUUAGGGGUCUGUAUCGAGGAGUUGGAGCAGCGAUGGUCAGAACCGGGUUUGGAAGCUCCGUUCAGCUUCCCACCUACUUCUUUGCCAAACGAAGAUUGGUAAAGCAUCUCGGUAUGGAAGAAGGCCCGGCACUACAUCUUGCCAGCAGUACAGCAAGCGGGUUCGUGGUCUGCUGCGUAAUGCAUCCACCAGAUACAAUCAUGUCUCGAAUGUACAACCAGACUGGGAAUCUGUACAAAGGAGUGUUUGACUGUUUGUAUAAGACUGUGAAGACAGAGGGACUAUUAGCCAUCUACAAAGGAUUCUUUGCUCACUUAGCACGCAUCCUACCACACACUAUCUUGACCUUGUCGUUGGCUGAACAGACGAACAAAUUGGCGGCCAACAGCCUGUCUAAUCUCAAGAUGAAUGACUCCCCUGCUAAGAAGAUCGACUUCUCCUCCAUGGAUAAAGAAAAUAUUCCUGCUACCUCGCCAGUUCCCUCAAAGACAGAGGAGUCAGAUGGGAAGAAGUCCAUUGUGGAGAAGGUGAAGCCCGUCGACACACCCAAGGUCGCCCCUGGUAUCAAAGCGCAGGAGAUGGAUGAGCCUCUUCUCCAAGAAAACCCUCACCGUUUCGUUCUGUUCCCCAUCAGAUAUCAUGAGGUCUGGCAGAUGUAUAAGAAAGCCGAAGCUUCUUUUUGGACAGCAGAAGAAGUCGAUCUGUCAAAAGAUCAGCACGAUUGGAGUGAACGUCUAAACGAUGACGAAAGAUACUUUGUCUCCCACGUCCUUGCCUUCUUUGCUGCCAGUGAUGGCAUUGUCAAUGAGAACCUCGUUGAACGAUUUUCAGGCGAAGUUCAGAUACCCGAGGCUCGGUGCUUCUAUGGCUUUCAAAUCAUGAUGGAGAACAUUCACUCGGAGAUGUACAGUUUGUUGAUUGACACAUACAUCAAGGAGCCCAAACAAAGACAAUACCUGUUCGACGCCAUUGACACCAUUCCCUGCAUCCGCAAAAAAGCCGACUGGGCUCUUCGAUGGAUUUCGGACAAGGAGUCGACUUUUGCUCAACGUCUUGUUGCCUUCGCAGCCGUCGAGGGAAUCUUCUUUUCUGGCUCCUUCGCCUCUGUCUUUUGGCUCAAGAAGCGUGGCCUGAUGCCAGGUCUCACCUUCUCAAAUGAGCUGAUCUCUCGUGACGAGGGUCUGCAUACAGAUUUUGCCUGCCUCUUGUUCUCCCACCUAAACCACAGACCAUCAAAGCAGGCGGUAGAAGACAUCAUAACCCAGGCAGUCGUGAUCGAGCAAGAGUUUCUCACCGAUGCUCUGCCAUGCGCAUUGCUCGGCAUGAACUCUACCUUGAUGAAGCAAUACAUUGAAUUUGUUGCUGAUCGUCUACUUGUUGCGCUUGGCAACAACAAGUUUUACAAUGUUACGAAUCCCUUCGACUUCAUGGACAAUAUCUCUCUUGCUGGCAAAACCAAUUUCUUCGAGAAGCGCGUGGGUGACUAUCAAAAGGCUGGUGUCAUGGCAAGCACCAAGAAAAACCAGAAACCCGAAUCUGGUGACCAGAAGACCGAAGCAUUGCCGGAAAAUGGCGGAGAUUUCACCUUCGAUGAGGACUUCUAG